UCUGUCCCCUCCAGAAUGGCGCUGGCCCUUCUCCUUCACAGAAGCUUUGGCGUUAGUAUCACCAAGCCGAGUUCCCAUAGGGCGAGGGCUCUGACAAGCAGCCAUGACCCGGCCGUUGUGCGCACGUGUGCAAGCGUGCACGCUGGUGUGUACGCUGAUGUGCACGCCAACACUGGGCCGCCGGCGAGCUUGCGUUUCCGUUAUGGGAGCCAGGGCCGCCUCUGGCGCGGCUGCAGAGGCGCGCCCGGCGCCCCCUCCCGCCCAGUCCCCUCCUCCAAGCUCUCGCUCGCCCUCCUCCCUCUCCCGGCAGCGUGGGCCGCCUCCGGGUGCGCAGGGCAGCGCUCCGCACGCGAGCCCCUCCUGCAGCCGCCGCGGAGCGAGCUCAGCGCCGACCCCGGGGCGUGCGUGGUGCUGCGAUUCAGCCACCGAGCGACCAUGAGCCGCGGCGCGGGGUUCGCCGAGAGCAGUGAUGAUUACAAUGCUUCUUCAGAAGAAAAAGAUUGCCCUAGCCCCAACCUAGAUACUUCAAAGGACUCUAAAUCAGGAGAUGACAGCAGUUCUGAGAGCAAUUCUGAAAGUGACUCUGAUAAUGAGGAGCCAAAAACAGAAAAAAUAACCCUUCUUGUCUCUACAGAUGGAGAAAUAGGAGAGUCUCCCACCCAGGAAGCUUCCACUCAGGCUAAAGAAUGGAAGGAUAAAGAAUUGCCCACAGAUUAUUUAAAUUCAGAAUGUAUUAAACUUAAACCUCACUGUGAACACUGUAAUGCUGAAAAUAAACACAAUGAACAAGUGACCCCCAGACUCCUUUCCAGGGGACAGUUUUUACUGAAGGUGGAUGCGGAGGGAAUUUACGAGUGCACGGAGACUGGUCUGAUAUUUGAGGUUAACAGAAAAGUUGACAUCAAGUAUUGCGUUUUGUCCUGGAGCAAAUACGCAGACCUGGUGGUUAAGCCCUGGGCUGUUGGGGGACCCUUGUUUGAUGUUAAAUGUGACCCAACCUGUCUUACCUCCAUUCAGUUUCCACAUUCCCUCUGCUUGGGUCACCAUGACUCCAGCAUGACAUUCAGAGUCUUCCAUGUCAAAAGGUCUGGUGGGGCCUCAUUAGAAUAUACUGUGGAUCAUUCUGCGAGUCAUGUCAAAUGGCACGUGAGCUCGCUCUCUCCUGUGGGACCUGUUAUUCAAAGCGAAGACACAUUGUACCACCACGGGGCUGUGAUUCUGUAUAAAGUCGUGGACCAUAAUCCAUCUUUGUCUCUUCGUGUAUAUAUAGCAACCAAUAACGAUUCCUUCAUCAAGGAUAUUUCCAAGUCUGUAAAGCACUCCUCUAAGAAAUUCAUGAAGAUCGACAAGCCUCCUGUUUGCCAGAAGUUAUUGCAGAAUGGGAAGAAAUACAGACUGAUCAGCGAACCAGAAGCCGAUAUUACUCCAGAGGAAAUUGAAUUUGUGGAUGGUUCACUUUUAAAAUUGAAAAGUUAUAUUGAAGUAUAUUUGGAGCAGCCAGUGGAGUUUAAAUUACUAUUGGUUGAAACGGAUUCCGAGGAAAUUGUAUGGAAAGCAAAACUGAGAGAAUGCGACUGGGUUCAACAUGAGCAGAGUCGGAACGUUUCGAAAAGCAGCACAGGUGGUAACAGGCGACGAAAAAUGAGUAGCACCCUACCUGAUGAGGAGGUCUAUGAUAAAAGAAUGAAGCAGACUGACACUUCAGGAGCCAAAACCCUGUUAACAGACACUCAGUUGCUUACCCUUGCUGGGAAGCUGGGGAAGGAGUGGAUAAAAAUUGCCAUCGUCAACCUGGAGUUGGAUAUAAGUGAUAUUGAUGCUAUCCGGGAGAAGGAAGAAGAUGUUACCGUCUAUAAGUUUCAGAUGCUGAAGAAGUGGCAAGAAAAGGAGCAGAAUAAUGCCACAGUCCAGAACUUAUAUAACUGCUUGGAGAAGGUCUCUGUCGAAAUCCGGGAUGUGCUGGAAGGUUUCUUACGGGCAAUAUGAAAUUUAGAAGAUGAACUGAAAAAGGAAACCUCAGGAACUUUGAUCUGCAAAGCAUCAUUUCAACUGGUAAUUGGUUAUAGAUUCCAUGAGACCUUGAACUUUCACAGUCUGUGGAAGCAACUUUCUUUAUAAUCAGUCACUCUAUAGAGGCAAAGAGAAUGAAAAAUAUUCAGAAAACUUGAGGAAGAAAACACCUCUACAAUAGCAAGAUUUUUUUAAUUUUAUUUUUAUUUUUUGGCACCUCCUGCUCACACCAUCCCACCCUGCCUCCCCACCCAAACUGGUAUAAUUAUAAAGGGUGCUUAAAAUGACUCAACUCAGUCAGGUGAGAAAUGUGGUAAUUUUCUUUUUGGAGUCUGUGGACUAUGAAAUUCAUAUCAAGGGUUUAAACAUUUUUAGCAAUUAAAUGGUAGUGUACUUAAACUUGCACCAAUUUAGUUUAGCUUUUAUUGACAUUAAUAACGAAGAGAGGUUCCUCUUCUUUUAGCUCCCACACAGACAGACACAUGUGUCUCUGAGUACAAUACAUCAUUUUAUGUGGGGUAUGAUUUCCGUAUCUCACAUUUACUAACCUGUCUGGCUAGUGGUCUGCUAAGUCAUUUGACCAAUCACGUUACCUGGUCUUGGAGUGAUUAGAAAGGAAUGUAAUCCUCUCUCAUCGGUGUCGAUCGCCUCACCUUACUGGGCAGAUUCACCCGGAUCGAUUUGUCAGUCGCAGCAAUUUUUAUCAACCUUCCACAGUCACCAGGCCAAACACUGCACGUCCCGACUUUUACCCUGGGAUCAUUCACUUUAUAGGGGGAAAAAACCUACUCAGAAAUACCUUAGCAGGACCAAGGGAAAACUGUCAUCUCUUCUUGAAGAAGACUUGCCCCAGGGAAUAAUGGGCCACAUUGGCUCUUGUUAAUUGGUGAAAUGUUCUUUUUUUUUGUAUGUAUAUUGUCCCUCUCCCAGAAUCAUGCAUGUGGUGAUUUAACAUUUUUGAUAUGUUUUGUUAACUUAUUUGAAGAAACUAUAAAUUACCAUUAGUCUUCUGUCAACAUUAGCUGGAGAGUAAAAUAAAUCUCAAUGAAUUAAUCAGAGAAACACAUUUGAUUGUUUUGCCUGUGAAGAACAAAUUGACUCUAUAGGGAAGAAUAUAUUUUUAAUUAUCAGGGAUCCUGUGGAAAUCAAAUCAGCGUCACUUUAUGAGUUUUUUUUUUUUUAAUGUACUAUAUUUUAGGAAACACAUGGAGUUUUAACAUUCAGAAGUUAAACUACUUAAAGGACUUGAAUUUUUAAAUGUUUAUUAUUUUUUAUAAGUUGUUUUUUGAAGACAUGCGUCAUUUCAGAGGUGCUUUGUAUAUAAGCUGGUUUCCUAAUAAUUUUUUAACCUUUUUCAUACUAUGGAUGAAGGGAAGAAAAAUAAAUCUGCAUUCGUACAGUGCAAA